AUGGGCAGCAUUGGAACUUCUGAGACGGCCACUUCCUGCCCACUAGCCAUCGUAGGGAUUGGGUUGAGGCUCCCCGGUGGAGUGACGAACGACUCUGAAUUUUGGGACCUGCUUGUGAACAAGCGGUGCGCUCGUAGGGAACUCCCCGCGGACCGGUACAGCAUCGAUGGGUUCUACAGCGAGUCGGGCAAAAGCGGAUCUGUGCGGUGCAAGUAUGCUUAUUGCCUGGAUGAAGACAUUGGCAAGUUUGAUGCGGAGUUCUUCAACAUCUCCCCAAUCGAGCUGGCCAGAAUGGACCCACAGCAACGUCUACUACUGAAGGUGGUCUGGGAAUGCAUGGAGAGCGGAGGUCAGGUCGACUGGCAGGGCAAGGACAUUGCGUGCUUUGUCGGAGUCUUUGGAGAAGACUGGUUGGAUAUGACCCGCAAGGACUAUCAGAAUUUGGGCCAGGGCCGGGUUGGUGGCACAGGUGAUUUUGCCAUUGCCAAUCGCGUUUCUUACCACUACGACCUCACAGGGCCCAGCUGCACAGUUCGAACAGCCUGCUCCUCAUCUCUUGUCGGGCUUGAUAUGGCUCAACGUGCCAUUGCAACAGGGGAAUGCUCAUCUGCCAUCGUGGCAGGAACCAGCCUCCUCCUCACACCAACUUAUACAAUUGCCAUGACUGAAGAAGGAGCACUCUCUCCAGAUGGAAGGUGUAAAACGUUUGACGCCUCUGCAAAUGGAUACGCUCGCGGUGAGGCAAUUAACGCUAUCUAUGUAAAGAAGCUUGAGGAUGCAAUUCGCGACAAUGAUCCCAUUCGCGGUGUUAUUCGGGGAACGGGGACAAACAGUGAUGGGAAAACUCCAGGAUUAUCCACUCCCAGCGCCGAGGCCCAAGCAGCGCUCAUCCGGAAAACCUAUGAGCAAGCUGGAAUUUCAAACCUUGCUCAGACGGGCUAUAUCGAGGCUCACGGAACGGGAACCGCUCUCGGAGAUCGAAUCGAGGCUGGGGCGAUUGCCAACGUUUUUGGUGAAAAGGGGAUCAUUAUGGGCGCGGUGAAACCCAAUCUCGGCCAUUCUGAGGGUGCCUCCGGACUUACCGGCCUGAUCAAAGCUGCGCUGGCUCUCGAGCACAGACAGAUCCCGCCAAACAUUCACUUCUCCACACCCAAUCCAGGCAUUCCCUUUGAGGAAGCUCAACUCAGAGUGCCCACUGAAAUUACUCCCUGGCCAGCAGACCGCAUGGAAAGGGUCAGUGUCAACUCAUUCGGUAUUGGCGGCGUCAACGCGCAUGCCAUCGUCGAAUCCGCUCCAUUCUAUGUCCGGGGCGUAAAGAAGAACAAAGACAGCAAAGGGCGCCCAUAUGUCCAUGUUGUGUCUGCUGACAGCAUGGAAUCCCUUACCGCCCGAAUUAACGCCACAAAGGAGUAUCUGGCUACCAGCCAAGCCCCCACAAUCGACACCGCAUACACACUGUGUCAGCGUCGAGACCACAUGAUAUGUCGAGGCUUCGUGACAAGUGACGACAACGGUCAGCCUGCGCUAUCGGAUGCGCGCAGAUCCCCUGCGAAGCCCCCAAGCCUGGUAUUUGUCUUCAAUGGGCAGGGCGCGCAAUGGGCAGGUAUGGCAGCCGAGCUUCUGCAGGCUUUACCCUCCUUCCGAAACAGCAUAGGAAGAAUGGAUAUGGCCUUGAGGACACUGGAGGAUCCCCCAUCAUGGACAAUCUCAGAGACUCUGGCUGAUGCAGCAGUCGGAUCCUGGACCGGCAAAGCAGAGUUCGUACAGCCUCUGUGCACAGCCCUCCAAAUUGGCCUCGUGGACCUAUUCGCCGAGUGGAACAUUCGGCCAACUACAGUAGUGGGCCAUUCCAGUGGAGAAAUAGCUGCAGCCUACGCGAUGGGGAGCUUGACUGCAGAAGAAGCGAUCGUGGUUGCUUUCUACCGCGGGAAGUUGGCCAGCUCACUCCCGGUUGAAGGGGCCAUGGCUGCCGUUGGCUUAAGCGCCCAGGAAGUUGAAGAGUUUCUGGUGGAGGGUGCAGUAGUUGCCUGUGAGAAUAGUCCUCAGAGUGUGACUAUCUCUGGCGAUGUGGACAAGGUCGAAGCUGUCGCCGCGAGAAUCAGACUUGCGCGGCCGGAAACCUUCUACAGACGCCUUCAAGUUAAUAUUGCAUACCAUUCCCAUCACAUGAGAGCCAUUGGGGAGGAAUACAGGGCCAUCCUCGAAAGAUACGUUGGAACUCAUCCUCCCCUUCCAUAUUCAACAGUGAGCACAGAUUUCGAGUCGGGUCCGCCUCAACUAGACGCUGCGUACUGGCAGAAGAACCUGGAGUCUCCCGUGCGCUUCUGUUCCGCGGUUGAGUCCUUACUCAGGGACGAAGAAAGUGCGGUCUUCCUCGAGAUCGGGCCGCACUCAACACUGGCCGGUCCCCUCCGGCAGAUCUUUUCAUCUAGUCGAUCGCCCGCGAAUCUCGUUCACGUUUCCUCACUGGUCAGAGGAAAGGAUUUGGUAGGCAGUUUGAUGGCCACGGCGGGCCAUGUCUAUACGCUUGGUUUGGACGUCAACCUCGGUCGUGUCAACGGAACUCGGGACGAGACAGUUCUUACAGACUUGCCACUUUACCCUUGGCAGGAACGCACCUCAUACUGGGAAGAAAGUAGGGUCACGAAGCGGUGGAGGCUCCGAAAAUUCCCGAAUCAUGAGCUUUUGGGGUCGCCAAUGCUAGAGGCCAGCGAUUUGGAGCCUGCGUGGAGAAAUAUUCUGCGACUGGAGGAUGUGCCAUGGCUGGAAGAUCACAAGGUCGGCGGUGACAUUGUGUUUCCAGGUGCUGGAUAUGUCGCUAUAGUAGGAGAAGCCAUGAGAAGGAUAACUGGCAUCCCCCAGUAUACUGUUCAUCGGCUGCAUAUGAACAAUGCUUUGCUUCUUCAAGCAGGGACUCCGGUGGAGCUUAUAACCAAUCUCAGGCCGGCAAAGAUCACCAGCGUGUCGGACUCGGCGGCUUUUGAGUUCACAAUUUCUUCCUUCGUCAACGAUCACUGGACGAAGCAUGCUACUGGCCUGGUAAGGGGGGGACAGUGGACACCAAGAGAUGAUUGUCGUCUUGGAGAUUCCUUGCCUCGCAGAAUCAACUCGCUCGUCUGGUACCGCGCUCUUUCCACCCUUGGCUUGACGUACGGGCCAACCUUCCAGGGUCUGGAGGAUAUUACGGUGGAUCCGACAGGUGGCAAUGCAAUCGCUACAGUGAAUGAUAAGUUCUCGGAUAGUGAGUCUUAUUAUCACAUUCAUCCCACCAUCAUCGACCAGUGUCUGCAGCUGAUGAUCCUGGCAAAAUGCGGCGGUAAACCACGCAAGAUCGAGCGUCCAGUGGUACCAAAGACAAUCACGGAGCUUCAAGUCGCACCUGCAAGCGAAGCUCUCCGUAUCCAGGUAUCUGUUGGUGCAGCAGAGGGCGAUGCACUUGAUGGGCGCAUAGUGGCCUUUUCGAAUGGGGAGCCUGUUCUCCAGAUGCAGGGCUGUACAUUCAGUAGCCUUGAUAUGGCAGAAAGGGUUGACGACCUGGCGGCAGUGGAGAUGAAGUGGGCUCCCCAUAUCGAUCUCGUGCCAUAUCAGGACCUUUUCCAGGUGAAGUCUAGCAAGAGCAAUGCGGUUUUGCUGGAACAACUCACCGUUCUUUGUGUCCUUGAGACUCACGAGCGUCUUCGAUCCACCGAUAUUCAGAUCGAUCAUUUUGCCAAAUAUAAAAGCUGGCUUGAAACGGAGACAACCCGCAUUACCAAUGGCGAGUACAACCAUAUCAUUCCCGAGGCUCGUGAUUGGGCAGCAUUGGACCCGCAACAACGCCUUACACUCAUCAAAGCAAGAUCAGUGAGUGCAGUGGAUAAUGAGCAAUCAGCGCCUCUGAGGAUGGCCGUGGAAUCCAUAUUCGAGAACAUUACGGGUCUGGCGACGGGCGAGGUUGAGCCACUAGAGCUCCUGACGAAAGAUAAUGUUCUGUCAAACUUAUACGCCUCCAAGAAGCAGAUAGACUCUUUCUUCGCCACGAUGGGUCACACCAGGCCUACUAUUAAAAUCCUCGAGAUCGGCGCAGGGACUGGCAGCACAACAGCCAGAGCUCUCAAGUCGCUUGUUACUAAUGCCGGCAUGCGCAUGUACUCGGAGUACACCUUUACCGACAUCUCCCCAGGUUUUUUUGCCACAGCAAAGGAGCAAUUUCAGAGCUACGAACAGGUGAAUUACCGUGUUCUAGAUAUUACCAAGGACCCCGAAGAGCAAGGUUUCGCAUCUCACAGUUUUGACCUGAUUAUCGCCGACAAUGUCUUACAUGCAACGCCUUCGCUACAUACCACUCUAUGCAAUGUUCGAAAGCUGCUUGCACCCGGCGGUAAGCUCUAUCUGCAAGAGCUUUGCACAGAGAUGCUUUUUAUGUCCUUCAUUAUGGGUACACUUCCAGGGUGGUGGUUGGGCAGCGAGGACGGACGCAGCACCAAGCCCUAUGUUCCCGUCCAGAGAUGGGACGAGGAACUCCGGAAGGCCGGAUUCAAUGGAGUUGACUCCGCCGUCUACGAUGAUGAAGAGCCCUACCAGGUUGAUGCUUACAUUAUUUCCUCUCCAGCGGCGGACGAAGGCGUCCCCGCCCGCUCACCGAUUACCCUCCUGUAUCACUCCAAGAUUACCGACGCAGCAAAGAAUAUCGAGCGCAGCUUCAUCCAGAUGGGCUACGAUAUUUCCUGGCAAAGGCUGGGGCAGGAUAUGCCGACAGGGCAACUUGUCGUUUCCUUGUUGGACCUAGAAAGCCCCUUCUUCCACGAAAUCAAUGGCCAGGAUUGGGAUGCUUUCGUUGCCUAUACUACCUCGACCGAGUUCGGAGGAAUGGUCUGGCUAACGAAGAACUGCCAAAUACACUGUACCGAUCCACGCUAUGCACUAGUUUUGGGAGUGGCGCGGAAUCUUCGGUUCGAAAUAUCGGUUGAUUUUGUGACAGUGGAAGUCGACCAUCUUGCUUCCCAAGAAGCCACGGACGGAUUACUGAAAACUGUUGCAAACUUUAUCGCGCAGAAGCAGCGAGAAGGAGCGGAAAUUGACCCCGAGUAUGCGAUCGUUAACGGUACAGCGCAUGUUCCCAGAUAUUUCCCAUAUUCGCCAAGUGAGCACACAGAGGAACCGGAAGAGGGCACUGGAAGAAAGUUAUUCAUUGAGAAGAAUGGGUCGCUCGACUCGUUGGCUUGGGUACAGACGCAUACAAGAGAAUUGGGCGACAACGAGGUUGAGAUUCGCUUGGAGGCUAUUGGGCUCAACUUCAAGGAUGUUCUCAUUGCCAUGGGCGUAAUUCCUGGAUCGAAGACCGCACUGGGACUCGAAGGGUCAGGAACGGUUGUCAGGACCGGGUCUGGUGUUACCCGAGUUCAACCAGGCGAUCGAGUAAUGACCGGGGCUUCAAGAGGAUGCUUCUCAACCAGUGUGAUUACGGCAGAGAAUCUCUGUGUUCGUAUUCCCGAUAGCCUGAGUUUCGAGGACGCUGCCACUAUCCCGAGUGUAUUUUUAACCGCGAUCCAUUCUCUGAUGGAGCUUGCCAAGUUGCAACCAGGAGACUCUGUUCUCAUUCAGUCGGCUUGCGGAGGCGUUGGUCAGGCCGCUAUUCAGCUCAGUAAAAUGAUCGGGGCCGAGGUUUAUGCCACUGUUGGGAGCGAAGAAAAAGUUCAAUUCCUCAUGGAGAAUUUCGGAAUCCCCCGAUCCCGGAUCUACAAUUCACGAGAUGCCAGCUUCGCAGAUCAGGUCCUUCGAGACACCGAGGGGAGAGGAGUAGACGUGGUACUGAACUCCCUGUCUGGAGAGCUGCUUCACGCGUCUUGGCGGUGCGUUGCCAGCUUCGGAACAAUGAUAGAGCUUGGCAAGCGCGAUUUCCUCGACUACGGAAUGCUCAGUAUGAACGAGUUCGCAGACAACCGGAAUUUCUCCGGUGUUGACCUAUCUGUGUUGAUCGAUCGAAAGCCGCAGGUGAUCCAACGGUACUUGGAGCAAUGCGCAGACCUUAUCAUACAAGGCCAUGUCAAGCCGGUCUACCCUACCCAUGUUUUCCACGCAGCAGAGGUGACAAAGGCAUUCAGAUACAUGCAAGGUGGACAGCACAUUGGGAAGAUUGUGGUGAAAAUGCCGGAGGAGCCGAAGGAGCUACGCACAAACGUCGGUCUAGAAAGCUCACCACUCUUUUCCAGCGAGAAGGCAUACCUCCUUGUCGGUGGCCUUGGUGGACUGGGUCGAUCUGUCUCGGCCUGGAUGAUUGAGAAUGGGGCCCGGUAUCUGGUUUAUCUCUCCCCCACUGCGCACACCAAACCCAGGACGGAAGAGGUAUUUCGCGAACUUCAAGCCUUGGGUGGCAAUACAACGCUGGUUACAGGAACUGUCACAAACAUCGAGGACAUCAGGCGGGCAGUGGAACUUAGCCCUCGACCUAUCGCAGGUGUGCUACACAUGCCAAUGUUGUUAAGGGAUCGAUCUGUAGUGCAGAUGACAAUAGACGACUGGGAGGGAGCAACCGCGCCCAAAGUGCAGGGAGCGUGGAAUCUUCACCAGGUCUUUGACCACAACGUGGACCUGGACUUCUUCCUCAUCUUCAGUUCCAUUGUGGGCCAUCAGGGGAACUGGGGGCAGACCAACUACGCUGCUGGAGGCACCUUCCAGAAUGCCCUGACCCAUUAUCGCCGAGCUUUGGGGCUGCCGGCCAAUGUCAUCGAUGUCGGCGUCAUGGGUGAAGUGGGCUACGUCAGCGAGCACGCCGCAACCUUCCAGAAGCUGAAGGGCGUGAACCUUCUACUCUCUGAGAGCGAGGUCCUGCAAUCCAUCCGGGUGGUUCUCAGUCAGCACCGUGCCGCAAAGGCCGCAGGAGCUGAGAGCUCAGGUGGCAUCGCCGACCUCCUUGUCGGCUACAUAUCCCAAACAAGGGGACUCAAUGGCCUUGCCAAGGAUGACAUCCGAGUGAGCGUGCACCGCAACCUGAACACUUCUCGUAGGAGCGCUUUGGUCUCGGGCGAUAGUCCCUUGAAACAAUUCCUCAACACGGUGGCUGCCAACCCUGAGGUCUUGCGCGAGGACUCAAGCCUCGAGAUUGUUACCAACGAGAUUGUGAAUAUGCUGUGCUCCAUCAUGUCAUUGCGCAAGGAAAGUAUAGAUAUUACCUCCUCGUUAACUGCCCUGGGCCUUGAUUCCCUGGUCAGUGUCGAAAUUCGCAGAUGGUGGCGGCAGAACCUUGGGCUUGAAAUCAGCGUGCUGCAAAUCUCCUCGCUGGGUUCCGUACAGCAGCUAGGAGUGCUAGCCAUCGAUGCACUUCAAGAGAAGUACCUAGGAGGUGAGGGACAGCACCCUUCUGCUGAGAAGUAAAGUUUGUCCGCCGAACAUGCAUCCCUCCACGCCUGAUUCAGGAAUAAUGAACCAGACGACAUCCUACUAGGCGUUUACGGCAUGGAUGGCAGACAUGUGUGAGGAGAUCACUCCGCAGCAAUUGGACCUUGAAGAAGUGGUCAGUAUAGAAUGAACAUACAGAAACUCGGGAAUUGAAAACAAAUAGAAAAAGAUAUAAUCAAAGAACAACCAUUCUCUUUGAAAGCAGGUAGACC